AUAGUAGAUGUCAAUACUUCAGGGGAAAAACGUGAUGGUGAAAGUUAUGACUUUUUCAUGACAUGGUUUUGGACCCAAAUGAGGCCCAUUAAAACUGACAUUGAAGAAUUAUAGAACUUUAAUAUAAUCCUCAUAAUUUAUAAAAAAAAAAAAAAAACAAUGCAAAUGAAGCUGCAAUAAAAGUGAAUAUUCAUCUAAAUAUUUGCCGAAAACAAACCCAAAUAUUUUUUCUAAAAUUGACAUUCACUCACUGAUGAAAAAAAUAACGUGCAAAUCCAGAGGAACCAGACUGCCAAACUAAUGAUAAAGUGCUUAAAUCUAACAAGAUUAUUGAUAUAUUUUAAUGUCUGGAAAGUAAUUUCCUGUCAACAGGUUGCUUUGCAUUUUUAACUUUAUAUCAUACAGUGUUAAAAACUGACAGUUAAAGUAGUUUAAAACAAGCUCCAUGGAACACGCAGGUGUUGUAUUUAGGAUCAGGUGGACACUCCUUGGCUUGGAUGGCAUUGUGCAAUGGCUUCUGUUUGUAUAUUGAACAGACAAAGCCAGUGGAGUGAGGAAGGUGUACGACGCUGCUUAACACAACAGGUCAUACGUGCUGAGGAAUCUCAAUGAGAGUUUGGAGCCUGAGGCCAAAACAGACCCCAGACUUUCACCCCUCGCAACCCCCCCUCCCCAACACACACACACACACCCCUGACUGCUUUCUGCUUCACAUCACUCCCUCCAAACCGCUGGCUCCUUUGUCAUAGGUGGAACUAUGUUGCUAUGGCGUUUGGGCCAAUGGAAUGGUAUUUUCAGGAUGGCAGUCUGUCUCCCUCUGUCUUUGAACACACACAGUGAAGUGGCCUGUUGAGCAAAAAUUCAAGCAGCCCCCCUCCCCGGACAACAACUGCCAGGCUCCAGUCUUUGUUUGCUCGGUGGACCCAGUGGCAGUUAGGUGGCUACAUUGUUUGUGUGAGUCAAUAUAGGCACUGUAUAAAAGGCUCCCACCAUGAGUCUGUCACUUUAAGAGCCCUUUUGCUCAUUUGCAUUUACGUCACGUUCCUUUUUCCCAUCGUUCCUUUUUCCCAUCGUUCCUUUUCCCUAUGUGUGGAGCUCGUGUUCGGUCGUGGUCGCGUCGGGUCCUAGUUCAGCAGCACUCAAGCGUUUGAGUGACUGAGCAGAAAAACUAAUAUUGAUGCUGUACUGAGUGCUGCAAAUAAACACCUCUGAAUCAGGACCAUCCUCCUCCUCUCUUCGACCUCCUCCGGUAUUCUAACCGAUACCCCAUCUUGAACUGCUGUAGCACCUAAUUGAACCCGUGCAAUCACUCCUGUUUAUUUGGUCCUUCGAGCCGGAUACAGCGUCCAAGAUGGACUCAGAUGGAGAGAUUCACCCUGUCGUCAGACCUCGGCGACGAACACGUCCUCCUGUCAGACUUCUAGACUUUGAAGUGGAGUAUGCAGGCCUCCCUCACAGUGGACAGAAGGGAUUAACAUCAUCAACCACCAGAGAAGAUUUAUCGCGUACCAUGCCCCGCUAUUCAGACCAAGCCCCCUACAGUGGACUUUCAGGGCAUGCGGCUCAACCAGAGACCCCUCGACGAACCCCUGGUCAUCUCCAGGGAAGCGACUGGCACUCUCCCGAUAACCCUUCACCUUCCUACUCAAGUCCGGAGCCCUACUACUCCGAGAUGAGAGCCAUCCAAGAGGAGAAUGCUCGACUUAUGCACCAACAACAAGUUUUUCAGUCCGGCAUGAGAGCACUGGACGAGGCGCGGUGCGAGAUUAAAGAGCUCCUCCAGUUGGCCUGUUCCUUGAAAGCAGACAUUGGUCAAGCUGCUAGUCGAGCUCCAUCACGCAUAGGUCGGGAGCCAAGACCUGUCGUCGUUGGUUGCCAAACCUAUAGUGCAACAGAUGAAGACGAGGAAGAGAACUGGCCUGAUCCUCCACCCUGGCCCUCAGCAGAGACUGACCUUUAUGACAGUAUUCACAACCUUCAGCUUGAUCAACGACAACAUGCUGGUCCAAUCUACUACGCGGACAACGCUGCUGCCUACCCUCCUCCCCCUCCACCGCUGGUGAAACCAGGCCAACCAGAUCACUCCCAUGCUUCGGGACCCUUUCCCCGAAGACAACCAACUUUCUCACAGCCACGGCUUACUCCCUCCUACCCAGGCCGCACACGCCCCACGUCUACAUCAGCCUAUCAGCUUCCAGAAGUCUAUGCAACGUCACCCAACCCGGGUCGUCAUGUGCCUGAGCAGGUAUAUAGAGGCCCACAGCCGACCAUCCCAAAGUUCCUGCACCCUGACCCAAGUGAGUUUGCGAGGCUUCGCAUAGCUUUGGAAAACCUCCUGCCAGUCGAUGCUACUGAACUCUUUAAGUACCAAGUACUGGUUGAUCAUUUAAAGUUCGAUGAAGCCAAACUCAUUGCGGAUGCUUAUUUAAACUCACCAACCCCCUACACUCACACAAUGAUGGCCCUGCAUGACAAGUUUGGCCAACCUCAUCACCUGGCUCUACGAAAAAUAGCUAGCGUAUUAGAGGCCCCUGAAGUUAGGCGGGGAGAUGCCGCAGCAUUCCAAAGGUUUUCACUUCAAAUCCAGUCAUUGGUAGGCCUGUUGCAGACCCUGGGACCUGAAGGUGAAAUUGAACUGAACUGUGGCUCACAUGUAGCUCGAUUACUGAGCAAACUACCUCCAGAACAGCGAGCUGACUUUCGUAGACACCAGGGCAAACAACCAAGAGCUGGACAUACAUUGUAUGAGCUAUCCGAGUGGCUCCGUUAUGAGUCAUGGUGUCAAGGAUUCGAUAAUCAGCUCGGGGGAAGAGGAAGCCGAGAUCGAAGCUAUGCUAAGAGUGAGAGCCCCAAGAAACAAACAACUACAAUCCUGCAUGGUGCUGAAGAGCCACCAGUGCCCCCCAUACAGCCAGGUAAAGAGAGUCCAGUGAAGACCCAAACUAAGACAAAAGCCUACUGUGCUUACUGUGAGAGCAAGGAGCAUUAUUUCAGUCAAUGCAGUGACGUCGCCAAGCUUUCCAAAGAUCAACUGAAAGAAUGGAUCCAGGCUAAUAAUCGGUGCUGGCGAUGUGCUCGACAACACCAAGCAGCACAGUGCACAUUGAAGAAAGCCUGCAACAUUUGCCAGAAGAAACACCUAUUGGCCCUUCACGAAAUAAAUACAAGAGCAACAAGUGGGAGCAUGAAUACUGCAGUUAGAGAAGAAGCCUGCCUAACUAGUUCCACCUCAGAUGCCCUCUACCUUGACCGUCAUGGAACUGGGAACAGAGUCCUAUUGAAAGUUGUGCCAGUGCUCGUACAGUAUGGGAAGCGAACUCUGGAGACCUUUGCCAUUCUAGAUGACGGGUCAGAGAGAACUAUGCUUCUCCCUGCUGCAGCUAAGUUCCUUGAUAUGAAGGGCCUUCCUGAAGAUCUCCCACUGCGGACAGUACGUCAGGACAUCCAGGUGCUCCAUGGCCAUAAGGUGUCUUUCAGCGUCUCCCCAGCUACCAACCCUGAGAACAGAUACAACAUUGCAGGAGCGUUCACAGCUAGCCGUCUCAGCCUGGCUCAGCACAGCUAUCCCGUUGAUCGCCUGCAGAGGAGGUUUCGACACCUCAGAGGGCUUCCCAUUCCAGCUUUGAAGGGAGCCCAGCCCUCCCUUCUCAUUGGAUCAGAUCAGCCUCAUCUUAUCACCCCUGUGGAGCCUGUCCGGCUUGGACCGCCUGGGGGUCCAGCAGCUAUCCACACAAGACUCGGGUGGACCCUCCAGGGUCCUGUGAGAAGCACGGGGCGGCUCACUGACGAAACCCAGUGUCUCUUCAUAUCCUCACCAUCGACUGGCGAUCAAUUGUUCAAGCACGUCAAAAGGCUUUGGGAGAUAGAUACAGUCCCCUACCGAAACGAGAAAGAGGCUACUCGUUCAAAGCAAGAUAAGCUGGCUGUUGCGGUGCUUGAGACCAAGACUGCCCGGACCAAGGUGGAUGGAAUUUCGAGGUAUGCCACCCCAUUGUUGCGCCAUCCCAACAUGCCACAGCUCCGUGCUCCAACUGAUUCAGUCAUGCCGCUGUUGCGUAGCACCGAGAGACGUCUCCGUAAGAACCCUAUUCAAGCUAAAGCCUAUAAGGUGGAGAUGCAAAGGCUCAUCGACUCUGGCACUGUGCAAGAAGUGGCUCCUGAAACCAUUCCACCAAAAGAAUGUUGGUAUAUUCCUCACCACCUUGUCAGCCACAAUGGAAAAAAUCGCCUUGUGUUUAACUGUUCACACCAAUACUUGGGACAGACCCUUAACCAAUACCUUCUUCCUGGACCUACUCUUGGCGCUUCCCUGCUCGGAGUCCUGCUAAGGUUCCGUGAAUAUCCUGUGGCGGUUAGUGGAGACAUCAAAGGAAUGUUCCACCAGGUUCGACUCCUACCUGAAGAUCGACCACUGUUGCGGUUCCUGUGGCGUGACCUAAAUGGGGAUGAAGCUCCCAAGGUAUAUGAGUGGCAAGUCCUUCCAUUUGGCACCACAUGUAGCCCAUGCUGUGCCACCUACGCCCUGCAGAGUCACGUUGCAGCCAACAGCCAGCCAGGUGAUAAGCUGAGAUUUUCAGUUGAAAAGUGUUUCUAUGUGGACAACUGCCUGCAGAGCGUGCGCACUCCUGAUGAAGCAAAACUUUUAGUUGAUCAGCUCAGAGAACUUCUGGCCCCCGCCGGUUUUGAUCUGCGACAAUGGGCCUGCAACAAUCCAGAUGCCCUGAGUCACCUACCUCAUGAAGCCAGGUCAGAGAGCCUUGACCUGUGGCUUGUGCAGGACAAGUCAAACCCCCUCGAGUCAACGCUUGGCCUCAGUUGGAACUGGAGCACGGACACCCUGAGUUAUAAACACCGGCCAGUGACCUAUGAGAUACCUACCUUGAGGAACAUCUAUCGAGUUCUUGCCUCUCAAUAUGACCCUUUAGGCCUCCUACUGCCCUUCUCUACUCGGGCCAAGCUCAUCAUUCGGCAGCUAUGGGACCAGCAGCGCAGCUGGGAUGAUCCCAAUCUACCUCCCGAGCUCCUACAGGCCUGGUCAAACUGGGAGGCCGAACUGCAGUCCCUACCUCACCUAUCCUUCCCACGACCAUAUAUGCCUAAGGACAUCCAGCUAGAGGGUGCUACUCACGAGAUCCACAUUUUUGCAGAUGCCUCCGAGCAGGUCUACGGAGCAGUUGCCUACCUCAGGACACAAAGCCCUUCUGUAGGGACCUGCUUGUCAUUCAUCAUGGCUCGAUCAAGAGUGGCCCCCAAGCGUAUCCAAUCCAUUCCACGCCUAGAACUCUGUGCAGCCCUGGUGGGUGCCAAAUUAGCCUAUCUCAUUGAGAAAGAACUCACCCUGAAUCUGGACCGCAUUGUAUUGUGGUCAGACUCCACAACUGUUUUGACCUGGUUACAAUCUCAGUCCUGCCGGUACAAGGUCUUUGUAGGGGUGAGAGUAGCAGAGAUACAGGAGUUAACUGAGAAGUGCACUUGGCGCUAUGUUGAGUCCGAGAAUAACCCAGCCGAUGACCUGACUAGGGGGAAGACCCUAGCAUCUCUGGUAGAGCCAAAUAGAUGGGUUUGUGGACCUACCUUCCUCCUCCAAAGCCCUGAACAUUGGCCUGAGCAACCUUCCCUGGCAUCAGCUGAAGAGGAAACCGAGCUCCGAAAGGUCACUCACUGUGGACUAACAGCUACUUCACCCCCUCUUACAGGUGACAAGGAGCACAACACAUGGCAGGAGCUCAUAGAUGCCACUGUACAAGACAUGUACCAGUCAGAGUAGUC